AUGGCGAGGGGGAGGCGGCGCGGGUGGGCGCAGAUAAGGGUCCCGGGCAGGUCCCUGAUAAGCUCCCCCAGGCAGCUCAGGGAGCUGGGUGCUGAGCGAUUAGCACUUGCUCACUUUUCUCUGGCUGUAAGUCUUAAUGGAGGGACUGAUUCGUUUUGGGGCAGUUGGUGUCACCCCCUUGUGUCUGUGUUGCUCAGAUCUGGCUGGUACCGAUUUGUUUUUCUCCCCCGUAGGUUUUUUGCUCUGACUUCUCUUCGCUUGCUGUUCCUGGUUGCACUUACCCUUAUAGUAGUAGUUUGUUUAGAUCAGUGGAAGAGCAAAAUCUGGCCUGAAAUCAGAGUGGCAAGACCUGACGAAUUAGACAAUGAGAGCUGGGGCUACGUCCACCCUCGGCUGCUCGGGGUGCCAGAGCUCUGUCACCAUUUGGCAGAAGGAUGGGUGGCUGUGACCAGCUUCUUAAGUAAUCUCUUCAUUUUCAAGAGGCAAAACCCUGGAAAGUUUUGCCUUCUAGUGUGUGGAGUCUUCACUUUCCUGGCUGUCCUGGGCCGGUACAUCCCUGGGCUCGUGCUCUCCUACUUGCUGUUGCUCUUCCUCCUGCUGUGGCCCCUGGCUGUGUACCACAGGCUGGGGCACCGCAUGUACAUGAAGCUGGAGCCAGCUCUGCAGCGGCUGGAUUUCAGCGUUCGAGGCUACAUGAUAUCAAAGCAGCGGGAGAAGCAACUGCGUCGCCGGGCCCUCAACCAGGAGGCUGGGGAUGACGGGAGUGACAGCGAAGAGGAGCUGGCGGCGUUCUGCCCCAAGCUGGAUGACUCUGUGGUCGCCAAGGAAUUAACCAUCUCUGACUCGGAGCAUUCGGAUGCUGAGGUUUCCUACACUGAAAAUGGGAUGUUUAACCUUUCAAGGGGCCAGACUCCGCUGACAGAGGGCUCGGAAGACCUGGACGGUCACAGUGACCCAGAAGAAUCCUUUGCCAGGGAUCUCCCUGACUUCCCUUCCAUUAACCCAGAGGCAACUGGCAUCGACGACGAAGAUGACACCAGCAUUGGGAUCCCAAGCCUGGCUUAUCGCUCGCAAGGGGCAGAAGAUCUGCAUCUCCCUUACGAGCAGGAGGACUCCGGGGCGCUGCCGUCCGUCCAGAACCUCACCAACAACAUCGCCGGGUUUGUCACCAGGGGGAUGAUCCAGUUGGCUCUGUCAGGAGCCUCCCAACCCGGCUUCGGGCGCAACGACCAUCCCCAGAGAGGUGCAAAGACUUACCUGAGAACGGCCAGCUCGGAUUUGGACACUGACGCUGAAGGGGAUGACUUUGAGCUGCUGGAUCAGUCCGAGCUGAACCAGCUGGAUCCCGCGGGCUCUCGGGGCCAGUAACCAAUCCCACAGCUCCCACUGGUUUUCUGUCGCGCGGCGUGGAGGGGAAUCCUGGAUGGAAAAGCCUUGCACAGUCCUCUUGGUCGUCUCCCGUGUGAGUGACGUGGGCACUGACCCUGGCUGGGAACACCACUGUGACCUGUGACUCUGUAGCCUGGCUUGGAUUUUAAAAUAAACUCCGCUGGUAAUGGA